AUGUCUCGCUCCCAGAACGAGGAGUUUCAGCAAUGGUGGAACAAGCAGCGAGACAGGAACCACGACGUCCUCUACGCCGGCGACGAUGAAGCUUUCCUCACCGUUGAAAUCCGAACUCCCGCCGUUGACCGCGACAAGGAUCGGAUCCGGACCCGCACCGCCCGCCAGCUCUCCCGUCUCUACCUCCUCAAGUUCAAGCAGCUCGCCUCCUCCUUCGUCUGGAUCGCCAGCUCCUUCGUCCACCUUGUGCGAACCGCCAAUCGCCGCAUUGCCAACGACAAUCCCCCCUCCUUCUCCUCCUCCGCUAGACUCUACCGUCUAAUCAAGGGAUUCCUCGUCGUCGUCGUACUCCUCCUCUGUUUCGAGCUCGCCGCCUAUUUCAAAGGAUGGCACUUCACGCCCCCCUCCGUCGCAUCCGCCGAGGCCGCCGUGGAGGUGGCUUACGCUUGGUGGCUUGAGAUCAGGGCGUCGUACCUCGCGCCGCCGCUUCAGAGCUUGACCAAUGUGUGCAUAGUCCUCUUCCUGAUCCAAUCGGUGGACCGUCUGGUGCUUGUGCUCGGAUGCUUCUGGAUCAAGCUCCGCCGCAUUAAGCCCGUGGCAUCUAUGGAGUACCCGGUUAAACCGGUUGGAGACGGAGUCAGAUUGGAAGAUUACCCAAUGGUGCUUGUGCAGAUCCCAAUGUGUAACGAGAAGGAGGUUUACCAGCAAUCGAUUGCAGCGGUGUGUAUGCUGGACUGGCCAAGGGAGAGGAUGCUGAUACAGAUUCUUGAUGACUCAAGUGAGCUAGACGUUCAGGUGCUUAUAAAGGCGGAAGUACAGAAAUGGCAACAGAGGGGCGUUCGGAUAUUGUACAGGCACCGUCUCAUACGUACUGGUUACAAGGCUGGGAACCUUAAAGCUGCGAUGAACUGUGAAUACGUCAAAGACUACGAGUUUGUCGCCAUAUUUGAUGCCGAUUUCCAGCCGCCGGCGGAUUUCUUGAAGAAAACUGUGCCUCAUUUCAAGGGGUAUGAUGAUUUAGCCUUGGUCCAAACACGAUGGGCGUUUGUGAACAAAGACGAAAACUUGCUUACAAGACUCCAGAACAUAAACUUGUCUUUCCACUUUGAAGUCGAGCAGCAAGUUAAUGGUGUCUUUAUAAACUUCUUUGGCUUUAACGGAACUGCUGGUGUUUGGAGAAUCAAAGCCCUCGAGGAUUGUGGAGGUUGGAUGGAGCGGACAACUGUUGAAGACAUGGAUAUCGCCGUUCGUGCGCAUCUUUGUGGAUGGAAGUUCAUUUACCUGAAUGAUGUUAAGUGUCUAUGUGAACUUCCGGAGUCCUAUGAGGCAUACAAAAAACAGCAAUACCGUUGGCACUCAGGUCCAAUGCAGUUGUUCCGUUUGUGCUUCAUGGACAUUCUUCGCUCAAAGGUGAGUGUUGGCAAGAAAGCGAAUAUGAUAUUUCUCUUCUUCUUGUUACGGAAGCUUAUCCUGCCAUUCUACUCAUUCACACUCUUCUGCGUCAUUCUUCCAUUAACAAUGUUCUUCCCAGAAGCUAACUUGCCAUCUUGGGUUGUUUGCUACAUUCCCGGGAUCAUGUCCAUCUUGAACAUCAUCCCAGCCCCAAGGUCCUUCCCUUUCAUAGUCCCGUAUCUGCUCUUCGAAAACACCAUGUCGGUUACCAAAUUCGGAGCCAUGAUCUCUGGUCUGUUCAAGUUUGGAAGUUCUUACGAGUGGGUGGUCACCAAAAAGCUAGGGAGAUCCUCUGAGGCUGACCUGAUCGCAUACGCAGAGUCAGGCUCUCUGGUCGAGUCCACACCUAUCCAGAGAUCAUCCUCUGAUUCAGGUCUAACCGAGCUUAGCAAACUAGGAGCAGCGAAGAAAGCUGGGAGCACCAAAAGAAACCGUUUAUACAGAACAGAACUCGCACUGGCUUUUAUCCUCUUGGCAGCUUCGGUGAGAAGCUUGUUGUCUGCGCAAGGGAUCCACUUCUACUUCCUCUUGUUCCAAGGACUCACUUUCGUUAUUGUCGGUCUAGAUUUGAUCGGGGAACAGGUCAGUUAG